AUGACCAAUAUAUCCCUGGCCGCCAUGUGCCUUUGCGCCAAAUAUACCUGGGAUCAUGCGGCCAUGAACGAAGAUGUGUAUUUGACUGGUCACUUGGGUAGUGCCAUUGGUCUAAGUGACUACUGUAGUAAGUCUACCAACUACAGUAGUCAGACCAAUAACAAGGAUGUUGAUCAAGUGGUCAAUGUCAUGAGCAUUAACGCACAAGGACAGCUCACGCCAGCAGAGCAAAAGGCGCUCUUGCAAUCAGCAAAGUUUACAGAAAAAGACAUCAGGCGAAUUUAUCGGAGAUUCAAGGCUCUGGAUACGAAUAAUAAUGGAGAGUUAGAUCCUCAUGAGCUCUUUGAUGUUCCUGAGAUAGCUGACAAUCCGCUUGUCAAGAGAGUGAUUUCGGUAUUUGAUACUAACGGUGAUGGCAAGGUUUCCUUUACAGAAUUCAUGGUCGGUCUGGCAAAGCUCACUACCGGGACUGAUGAGUACCAAAAGACGAAAUUCGCUUUUGAUAUUUAUGACGUCACCAAAGACGGAUAUAUCUCCAAUGGAGAGCUCUUUACCGUUAUGAAGACAAUGGUCGGGAACAAUCUAACCGACCAGCAACUCCAACAGUUAGUCGACCGGACAAUGCUACAGGCAGACCGUGACGGAGACGGGCUUAUUUCCUUUGCCGAAUUUCAGGAUGUCGUUGCCCACGUGGACAUUCCGGACAAGUUAAAAAUCGACGUAUAG